AUGGGCGCCGGUUUGAGUGGCGUUGGCGGUGGUGGUGGCUCUCUGGGCAGCAGUCCCGUCAAUCCAAUGCUCAAUCGCAUCAAGUACUUUUUUGCCAGCAGAAGCAGCACAUUCGACGACAUCUGGAACGUCUGCGCCAACCUCUCUGAAGAGAUUGGCGAACAAGUUCUGGACGUUUUCUGUCUGACGCUGAUCGACCACUGGGACAAGGAGAAGGAGCGUUACGUGCUUCUGUGCGAACGCUGCCUCAUCACACUCGAGUAUGAUUUUGAGCGACUGGAGCUGCGAACGCUGCACCUUUUUGACUACUCACGAUUUGACACUAUUCGCAUUGGUCCUCUCUGCUACCCGGAAAUGUCCUUUAACUCGUAA